AUGAAGAGUGUCAGCCUAAUUGCUUCAUUCCUCGCCCUUGCUGCGGCAACAUCUGCCAUUGGCACUCCUGAUACAGAUCUCAAAGUUCGCGCGGACCCCGAUGAUCUUAUGAUUUUUGUGUGCAAUGACGGCUUGGACGAGAUAUGUACCAACAUGUGCUAUGGAGCUUUCUGCGCCGGAAUAGGCGAAAGUUUGCAAUACGACAGACCUGACUCGUCCACAAAGCGUAACCGCCGUAAAGCUGCCGGUUGCAUCGCUUCAGGUGGUAACCGCUGUUCAGUAAAAAAGGACCACGCUUCCGGGUUUCAAUGUGAUGAAUAUCCAUUCGCGUCAUCAAUUCCUAGCAAUGGUGCUACAACACGCCUCAACCAUUGUGUACCGGCCGCUCAGAAUCGUAAGCAAGGCGGAAUCAUUAGCGCUUUUUACAAGAGCAGUUACUGCACGGGUAACAAUGGUGGAAAAUGUACAUUCACAGCCAAAUUUUCUAAUUCGGGAGAUAUUGGGUACUGUAACUCAGAAGAAUGUGACGCCGAUGACGAUAACGAGGUCAUUGGUCCUGGUGGUACAGCAAAUGAUGGCGACUCGGCUGAAGAUGGGACGGACAACGAUCCAGAUGCAGGCCAGAAGAAGAAGAUGAAAAGACGUAACGGUCUCGGCAAGAGACUUCCUGGUGCGCCUGUAUAUCGGACAAGCUCAGGUUUAGAGCUGGAUAUCCCAGGCGAUGCUGUGAUAGGACAGCGGGCUUUUGUUGUCUUGCCACGCAAUGCGACGAUGUGGGAUGAGCAAGCUCAAUUCGGAACCCCUAACCAAAUGAGAGAGUUCCAUGGCGACGAAGAUGAAGAUGAGGAUGAGGAGGAUUAUGACUACAUGUUGGCAAAUCUGGAUAUCAGAGAAGAUAUGAUCGUCGAGGAAGUUGUUCCCACUGUCUGA